AUGGGUGACGAUAUACCUCAGACGUUGGAGGAGAUCAACCUUCGCAUGAAUCAGACCACCGAUGAUGUAAGUCAUUAUGCUAAUGCACCGGUUUAUGGCCUUUUAUAUAUGGUUUCGAAUAUGUAGCCCUUUUUAUACUAUACUAGGCAAAAAGUAAAGUUUAAAGAGGGUAGGUAAUAUAAAAAAAAGUAUUUUUUUUGCUACAAAUUAGUAUAAAAGGUAUAUUUUAUACUAAAAGUAACGUACGUGAAAGUAAUGUACUAUGCUGCACGUACUAUAUGAGCCCAUUUAACUUUUUUGCACAAAAAAAUUGACGAACAAAAACUAAUAAGUAACCUUAAAAGAUAGCAUAAUACUCGUUUUUUUCGUUUUCUAUUUAUUUUUUCACCGGUUUUUCAAUUAUAAAGCUCAUUUUUUUAACUUUUAUUAAAUUUAAAACUAUGCCAAAAAAAUUUUUUGAAAAAAGUUGUUCUACUUCGUUUUAGACCGGAAUUUAAAAAAAAAGAUUGCAAAAGUCAAUGGACAAGGAUAAUAUAUGCAAAAUGAACAUAAAUAUAUGAUUUCGUAUAGCAUUUUUAGUGAAAUUUUGCCUAGAAACAGGAAAUUUAAAAUUUUGAUUGAGAUAAGUUUAGAAAUACGUCAGAAGAAGCAAACAAAAUGUAAAAUACGAAGAUUCUUUAUGUAAGCUUACAAAUACAUAGAUAGUAUUAAAAAGUCUCGCUUUUGGCAAUAUAAUACGUGAAAACAUAUAAGCUUAUGGUUAUCACCUACAACAAUAUUUUUUUGAACGAACCUUGAACAAACUCUAGCCUCAAAAACUCAAAACUAAGCUACUAGCUUAACUCACCGUGCCAAAUACCUUAGCCUAACUCAUUACUUUUUUCCAACUUACCACCAUACUCACCACCCCUCCCAAAAACAUAAGAACCUCUACGGACGUGUAGCAGCUCAUCACUUACCCUGAAACAUUGCCUCCAAUCGUUUCGAACAAUGAAAUUGCGUUAGUUUAGUCGGUUUACACGAGGCCCGCGCGCUCCCCCCGGCCUGGCUCCGAAGCCAGAAAGGCAUAUCCCCCACGGCUGCGGCACCACAUCUACUUGAACAUCAGAAACCUGACCCGUUCUACCUGCCGGAUCAUUGUUUGUCAACUCGUUGACGCCCAAACACUUUUAUGUGUCCUCAAGGCCGUUUCGGCGCUUGCAUUCGGAAACAGCGUGCUACACGGGAUGAUGCCCGGCUUCUAGAACUGUGCACUUUCUAGACUGUCCCGAAUUUAAAACUUUUCUUGACUGUGAAUGAUUCUAAACUGCAUUUUGUAUAUCUGAGACAUAUUUCUAUGAUACUGCAACCUGUCUUAACAUUGCGCCAUUUACUUUGAUAGUACGGUGCAAUUCUACAGUACUAUUGCCUUUUUUGUACAGAAUGCCCAAAACUGUGGACCAGCGGGCUCGGGUCGAGUUCACGCCCGGCCCGCACGGCACGGUCGAGCACGAUGGGCUGGUAAUGCCUGGGGACAUGAGCGAUGAGCUUAAGACCCUAAACGUUUUCAUUGACAAAAGCACCAGCCAUGUAAUGACUUUAAUUUGUUGACAUAAUUUGUUUAAGUGGUUUGUUAUGACAGCUGUUGAUAUGGUAGGGGGGUAAUCGGUUCGUAUUUUAGGGUAUUGUGAAAGCAAGAACUCGAAAGUUUAAAACACUUUAAAGUACAAAAAAUGUUAAGAGCAGAGCAAUUGUAAAUUACUGUAACAUUAAAAAAUUAAAAAAUGAAUAUUUUUAUUUAUCACUUUUAAUCUUAAUGUUUUAGUCGCUGGAAGCAACUCGUCGUAUGUUAGCACUAUGUGAAGAAAGUAAAGAAGCCGGUAUCAAAACUUUAGUUAUGUUAGACGAUCAAGGAGGUAAGCAUCCUUUUUCUAUUACAUUAUCUUUGAAAAUUUAAAAAAGUUUUCAAAAAUAAUAUCGUUUUGCUUUAUUGUUCAAUAUACUACUUUGUCUUGCAAUAUUAUGCAAAAUUAAGCACUCUUUAACAAACAGUGCAUUAAAUUGCCAAAGACCUUUGCAUGAUUAAUAUGGUUCGUUGUAGAGCAACUGGAACGAGUGGAGGGCAAUCUGGACACAAUUAACACUGACAUGAAAGAAGCCGAGGAACAUCUGAAGGGCAUGGAGAAGUGCUGCGGGCUGUGUGUCCUGCCCUGGAAUAAGUAAGACAAAAACAAUCUUAUCCGCCGAAUCUGACGAAUUUAUCCAAAAUUGGCAUAUUUUGUUUAAAAUGGCAUAUUUUGACUAAAGAUUGGCAUACUUCGUUUAAAAGUGGUAUAUUUGUCGAAAAUUGACACUUUUUGUCUGAAGUUCAGAAGCCUGACCACAUUUUGGUUAAAUGUUUGAUAUUAGACUAGACUGCAUUUUGAUUACGUAAAUUCGGCUACAUUUGGCACUCCAGAAUUCAGAGUCAUAUUUGUCAAAUUUUGAAGUGGCGCUAUUUACAGAAACAUGACUCUUCAAAUAUAACUUUAUGUUUUUAUACCUUUUACAGCUUGUCCCACUUAUUUUUCCAAAAUUCCGAACCAAAACAAACAACAAUUUCCACAAAAUAACUUUUAACAUAUCAAAAUAAUGCUAAUCCACCCCGAAGUCAUGUAUAAUAUAAAACCUUCUCUCAUCUUUAUACCCUUUACAAUCUUUAAGUUAAAUCCAAGUUAUUAAAUUAAUAACAACCUCAAUCUUCAGACACAAUGACUUCGAGAAAGGAGCCGAGUACGCCAAAACGUGGAAGAAGGACGACGACGGCGGUGUGAUCAGCGACCAACCUCGAAUCACAGUAGGCGACGGUGGAAUGGGCCCCCAAGGCGGCUACAUUACUAGAAUCACAAACGACGCAAGGGAAGAGGAGAUGGACGAGAAUGUGCAACAGGUCUCGACGAUGGUGGGCAACUUGAGGAACAUGGCCAUCGACAUGUCGACAGAAGUGUCCAACCAGAACCGACAGCUCGACCGAAUCCAGGAGAAGGCCCAGUCCAACGAGACCCGAGUGGACUCGGCCAACAAGAGGGCCAACAAACUCUUGACCAAGUAG